UCAUUGGAUAAAAACACUUUCAAAGGGCAAGGAAAUACACCAUAUGCAACAGACAUUUGUGAAGGGGAUUUCCAUCGACAUAUACUUUUUAAAAUACGGAAUAUAGUUUAAGAAAACGGCUGUAGUUUAAUUAGUAAGAUGUAUAGACCUAAUUUGAUGGUUUUUGUUUUAUAUUUUUCACUGGAAUGUAUUUGCCAGAGCCGAAGCGCCAUCUACUCCCUGAAUUACAUCUACACUGCCCUGUCAAAGCCAGUAGAAUUGCCUGGUAUCCAUGAGUUCACUGCCAUGGGCCUGAUGAAUAACAAACAGAUCGACUACUAUGACAGUGUGGCAAAGAAGAAGAUUCCCAAACAGGACUGGAUGAGGGAGAAGCUGCCUGCAGACUACUGGGAAAAAGGCACUCAGUCACGCAAGAGCAAGGAGCAGUGGUUCAAAGUCAACGUCGACAUCUUAAUGAAGCGCAUGAUGCAUAACAGCACUGAUGUCCAUAUCCUUCAGUGGAAGCAUGGCUGUGAGAUUGACCAACAGCCAGACGGCACAUUGAAAUUCAUAAAGGGCAUUGACCAAUACAGCUACGAUGGUGACGACUUCCUGGCCUUCGAUGAUGCCACUAUGCAGUGGGUGGCCCCAGUUGAUCAAGCUCUGCCGACUAAGAGGAAGUGGGACGGGGUGCAGAUCCUCAACCAGUACACCAAAGGCUACCUGGAGAAGGAGUGUGUGGACUGGCUGUCUAAAUUCAUGGAAUAUGAGGAGAAAGAAUUUAGUAGUGCUGAUUCCCCUCCAAAGGUAUAUGCAUUUGCUAAAAAGGCCCAAAUUGCAGGACAUGUCCGACUGACCUGCAUGGCCACAGGGUUCUAUCCCAAAGAUGUGGAUAUGCGUAUUAAGAAGAAUGGGGUCCAAUUGACCACACAUGAUGGAGUGCUGUCUACAGGAGUCCUACCCAAUGAUGAUGACACCUACCAGAUCAGGAUGAGUGUGCAGAUCCCAGAGGCAGAUAAGGAAACUUAUGAAUGCUAUGUCAACCAUGACACUUUGAAGGAGCCAAUUGUGGAAAAAUGGGAUGGAAAAUGUUGUGACUGUGGAAGUGUUGUUGGUGGAGUCAUUGCGGCAGUCAUCUCCAUUAUUGUAGUUCUGAUCUUGGUUGGCGUGUUUUUUGUUCUGCACAGAAGAGGGACAAUUGUGAUUCCUUGCUUGAGAACUACAGGUAAAGGCAGCCAGAAUGAAGGGUCCUCAGACAGAGGCAGUGGGGAGAAUGUUAAGAAGUCAAUGCUGCCUAAUGGAAGUGUCUAGAUGACCGUUGGUGGCCAAACUUCCUGAGCGGACCAUUAAGGACAGUCAAUUCAUUCAUAAUUUUAUAGUAUGGCUAGGGCUGUUUCGGUUUGGCCACGAGUCAUGACAGCAGUCAAAUUCCACGUGACCGUUUAGUCACGGUAAUUAGGCUUCUCCAAGCUGCUGAUGGUCAUUAGUAGCCUA